GAUUUUCGUAUUUGUGAAGUGCACCCUGCUAUAAUUUUUACCGCGUCGAAGUGAGUCAUCUUGGGGUCCUUAACUAUAGAAAUCCCCAUAGGGCGAAAACUGUGUUCUGCUACCUGAAGUCUGAGGGAACCGCUAGCCGAAAAAUGGACUUAUUUGGCGACUUACCUGAACCAAAUGCAGAGAAAGAGACAGAAGAGGAAGUAAAGUCAGAAAUGCAGGUGUUUAAGAAGCAGGCAGAAGUUUCCUUAUUUGAUGACCUUCCAGCCGAGUCGACCCCAACUUGCGCACCAGAGGUCAAAGUGCUCAGCAAUGGGUCAAAGGUCGAUGACCCUGAGGCCAGAGGUCAAAAGAGGAAAGCAGAAGAAGAGAGCCAACAAGCACAGAAGAUCACUGCUAAAGGCCUGUCCAGUCUUGUCGGCUAUGCUGCUGGGAGGAAGGGAGAGAGAGAAGAGAUGCAGGAUGCACAUGUCAUCAUGGAUGACUUCACACAUCAGUUCUCCUGCCUCUCUCCCAAAAUAUCUAGGUUAGCGUACUACGGUGUAUAUGAUGGACAUGGUGGGAAGAGAGCAUCUCUGUACACAGCUGACAACUUACACAACAACAUUGCUGACAAGUUUCCUAAAGGAGAUGUUUUGAACAUGGAGAAAGAAAUUAAGAAAUGUCUAAUCGAAGCUUUUAAGAAAACAGAUGAAGAGUUUCUAAAAGAGGCGUCAAAACAUAAGCCUGUGUGGAAGGAUGGGACCACAGCUGUGUCCAUACUAGUGGUGGAUGACGUCAUGUACAUAGCAAACCUGGGUGACAGUAAGGCAAUAUUGUGCAGAAGAAAAGAGGACGGGUCUCUGACGGGAGUUCCGCUGACUAAUGACCACUCUCCUGUACAAUACGAGGAACGACAGAGGAUACAGAAAGCCGGCGGCUCUGUCAGGGAAGGGCGAGUGUUGGGGGUUCUGGAGGUGUCACGGUCCAUCGGGGAUGGGCAGUACAAGCGCUGUGGGGUCAUCAACACACCCGACGUCAAGAGAUGCCAGCUAACCCAAGACGACAGGUUCCUGUUGCUAGCCUGUGACGGUCUGUGGAAGGCUUUCUCUGUCAGCGAGGCCAUCCAGUAUGUGUCAGAGGUACUGCAGGAUGAGACCAUCUUAGCCACAGAGUUCCACAGUGCAGAAGAAGUGAGAUUUGACACGGCUUGCAGCAAACUGGCAUCAGAAGCUGUCCUGAGGGGAAGCUCUGACAACGUUACUGUACUCCUAGUGUCUGUCAAAAAGUCCUGACAUCACCUGUGGUGUAGACAAUAGUACUGAAGACUCUGACUACAUCGCCAUACACUGUGCUAAAAGACUUUGGGUUUUUGUUAUGAGAAGUACAGUUCUGACAACGUCACUGUACUAGUGUCUGUCAAAAAGUCCUGACAUCACAUGUUGUGUAGACAAUAGUUAGCUUCUACCAGGCUUUGGGAGGCGGCUGGAAAGAUGCUAGGGAGCAGCAAACUGUUCUCUCCAGCAGACCAACUCCCCCGACAUGCUGUCUCUCUAUUUGGCAGAUUUUUACUCUUUCCAGCCUCCUCCCGAAGCCUAGUAAUAAAGGCUAGGCAAUAGUACUGAAGACUGACUGGGAUUUUUAAGAGGAGUACCGUUCUGACAACAUCGCCAUACACUGUAGUAAAAGACUUUGGGUUUUUGUCUGGCAAGAUGAAAAGAAGAAGUACAUUUCUGACAACAACACUGUACUUCUAGUGUCUGUCAAGAAGUUUUGACAUCACAUGUUGUGUAGGCAAGGAUACAUGUACUCAAAGACUUUGUGUUUUGUUAUGAGUAGUACAGUUCUGUUGACAAUUCUGUCACUGCACUCCUAGUGUCUGUCUAAAAAUCUUAAUGAGGCAUCUUAGAUGGUACCAAUCCACAUACAGGGUGCCAUAUCAACUCCUGAAUAUACUAAUGAUAUUUUUAAAAUCCUCUGGACCCCAAUAACUAAACAAAUCUCAAAAAUCGAACAAAUUCCUGAAACCCUACAUGAUGAGUUAAGCAUGUAGCUUUUUAGCUAAUCAUUUUUUCAGGGAUGCCAUUACAAAUCGGAUGGCACCCAGGCUAGCGAACACACACAAGAUCCAAACAAUACUAUAUGUAGUACCUUCUCACAGAAGGUUGUCUGGUAGGUAAUUACAAUGAAUGUACAAACAACGUGUUGUGGUGCUCUCCCUUUUCUGUAUCUGUAUAGCCGGUAUAACCGCCUUUCAGCGUAACACACCAGCUUCGCAGGCACGCGGCGCGGCGGCAGCUGGCUACAUUCCACUGAUCGCCUUUUUACAGUUACAAUCGGCCUAAAAAGGACUGUAACUGGACAGGGGGGGUUAGUUAGCCGGUCAUAGAGGGCCCAAUGUGUACCAGGAACAG